UUUUUUCUUUUCAAAUCGUGGAUUCAGGUUGAAAACAUUAUUCCAUGAAUCUAUGGCUUCAAUAGAACUCCAAUUGUAUAAUUUUGAUUAGUGAUUGGGGGUAAACAAUAUUGAAAAAAUAUGCGAUAAUAUAUUUGGAGCAGAAACGACAUGGUUAUGGAUUUUGCAUUGGUUAUGUGUGGGUGGUGAGGAUUGGUGAAAGCUGAGCCCUAGAAGAAGAAGAAGUGUACAUGGAAGAAAGGUAGAAAUUGGUUGAAAAGAUGAGGUGGUGUGGGAUUGCAAGUGUGCCGUUAGGUUUGGGGUGCUGCUGGAGAUGGAAAGUGUUUGAGUGCUACCCAGUAAGCUUGUGCUGAGCUGAGAGAGAGUUCCCUUACCCUGUCCUCAUUCCUCAACCCAAUUCUUUUCUUUUUUUUUCUGAAACGCUAAAGGAAUUGGUUCCGCCUAAGCGCAAUUGGAAUGGUAAGGUCUUUUGUCAGAAAAGGCCAAAUGCAGACGGAAAUUCUCGUUGUGAUCCGGAGCUGCGGUCGGUGCUUGAACUUGCGACCGAGUCGGAGUUGUAUGAGAUUGAAAGAAUCCUUUUCGGUCCCAGCUAUUUGAGUCCUUUGCUGAAAUCCAUGACAUUCACAACCACAAAUACCCCGGAGGACCUCGAUCGGUCCAUGAUUGGACUCGACCUUCAACUACGCCAACAAUUUAUAGCGGCCCUCGAGUCCCGCUUUUUCUUUCUUGCCGCUGAUGCCCGCUCUACAUUGAGGGGUUGGAGACCAUCUUAUAGAAAUGUCUUACUUCACCUGAGGAAAAAAUUGAACAUUCCUUGCUCAACUCAAUUGUCAACUCAGGACCUUGAGCUUGAAAUUUUUCUCCACCUUUUGCACUACAACUCAACUGAAGAAUCAGGAAACUAUCCAGGCUUGUCGGAUGUAUGCACUGCAUUAGACUGUCAGGGCAGUCUACAACAUGGACUCAGUCAGUGGAAAAUGCAGUCAAAAGUUGGCGUAGAAGACCUUCGAUCAAUUUUUUUGAAGGGAGGUGGCAUAUUUACAUUGGCAAAGAUAUAUCAACUGUUAGCUAGGAAAUUAUCUGGGAAAGUGCUGGUAGAAGCUGCUAAUUACCAGGUUAAGAAAGAGAUAAUGAAGAAGGGUGGACAGUUGGCUAUGAUCAAUCUAGAAUCCAGAACAGCCUUGCUUGCAGCAAAACAGGGUUUCCUUGGUGCUGCAUCAAGAUAUCUGGGUUUUAGAAGCAUGAUUACAUUACUUGGACCUGUGCUUUGGGGGACAUUUUUGGCUGAUCUUGUCAUUCAAAUGCUUGGAACAGAUUAUUCUAGAAUCUUGCGAACAAUUUAUGCUUUGGCUCAGAUUCGAGCCAUCCGCACGUAUAGGCUGCCAUCUGAUGUUACUGAUGAAUAGCUAAGUAGGUUCAUUUCACUGAUUUGGUGGCUAUGUUGGAAUUUGGGCAUCGUGGAAGUGGAGAAUAUAAUAAAUAUCAAAACAAGACAAGCAGCACUUUUAAAAUUUGUAAAUAUCUAUAUAUUGGUAUUUAGUGCUGAGCUAGGUCCUUCCAUUGAAGAUUUAUUUAUAGGCUGGGGUUUGGCUUGAAAGAGUCACUAUAAGGUAAAGUAUCACCACAAUCUUUAAUUGAGAUAUUAAUUGUUGGAAUUGUGAUCAAGUGCUUAUACAAUACUCUCUUCGUUCCUAUAUAUAAGUCUAUUUUACCUAA